UAUAUAGGAUUAUUAUGCUCGCAUAGAUAUGCUUGCAGUAUUUUAUAAAGGCAACGUAUGUGAAUCGAAAAUAGUAACAAUAGUAAAACCAAUUCAGUUGAAGUGAUUAAACGUUAUAUAUUAAGCAUUGGUCAAAUAAGUACAAUCGAAUGGUUAUGUUUUCUCUUCGAAAUUGUGUGAAGUCGUGUUAUUUGUGAAUUUUCAAGAGCUCAAUUGAAGAGAGCGCGAGCAAUAAAAGGAACGAUUUGUAAUUUGCAAAACAAUUUUUUUCCUUCUAAUACGAUAUUCGAAUUCAUAGAAUUUACAAGGCCGUGUAUUAUUUUCAAAGCCGAUAUCACAUUACGCAUUGUAUUUUAACAAUUAGCUCUCUAGGAGUUCAGUGCUAUCUUGAGCACAACUUCAACAGAGAGUUUUAAGGGAAAGAUGUCUGCAGAUUCCCCUCGACGCCAGUCUCGUGGCAUAGCUGUGCCCGCAAUUGUUCCGCCUCAAGUUGUGAGUGAUCGUUCGAUUCUGGACUCUGCCAUUGGCUUUAUUAGCGAUGUUACGCUGGUUGCGCAUCAGUCUCAUACAGAGCCGAAAGAUACAAUUAUAUGGGCAAGGUUUGAGACAGCCGCUGAUAUAAGCGAUCCCUGCUGCGGUGUUGAUUGGGAAAUGGAGGGAAAUGUUGCUCCGCCGUUGCUUUUACUACUCGGGUACGGGCUUGGAGUCCAGGUAUGGGCCAUACCGGCUAACGGCGAGGCUAUUGAAGUGCUCUCAUGGCGUCACGGUGUUGUCUCGACGUUGCGCGUUCUACCGACACCUGCCUCGCGGUCAACGGACGAGCAUGGACGUGCUGAUGAAACGAUGGAUGCAUACGCCGAAAAACGACCUCUUAUUGCAUUGGUGGAUAGCAAUACGGCUUCUACACAGCCACAGUUUUGUACCCUAACUUUUGUCUCCCUUAAGACUGGAAAGCAAGUGAAGACAAUUAAAUUUAAGAAUCCAAUUCUUGAUGUACUUGCAAAUCGUUCAUCUUUGGUGGCUGUAUUUCAUGAACGUAUAGCCGUAUUCGAUGCACGAACUCUGGAAGAUCGACUUUCUAUAACUACGUGCUAUCCGAGUCCAGGCAUUAAUCCAAACCCUGUGGCUCUUGGACAACGUUGGCUAGCAUAUGCUGAGCAAAAGCUGAUUCCGUCAAAACGCAGUGGCGGCGGUUGGGAUGGUGAGGGCAUCGCCAGUUACACUGCCACUGUAUUAAAUGCCGCAAAAUCUUUUGGCAAAGGGUUGCGUGAGCUUGGUGAACAAGUAGCAGCUGGAUUAACUGGAGCAGCUAGUGGCGGUAGUAUAUCAAAAAAUAGCAGCUUCGAUUCCAGUGCUGGUGUUGAAGCCAAACAACCGGGAAUUGUUACGAUCAUAGAUAUAGAGCAAACUGUGAAAGACUACAGCCCCACUUCGACCACAUCUGCAUCUGGUGUUAUUGAUAAUGAGCUCAUCGUAGCGCACUUUAUAGCCCACUCAGAAGCUGUAGUAGCUAUGGAAUUUGACAAUUCUGGCAUGCUGUUACUUACUGCCGAUCGACGCGGUCAUGAUUUCCACGUUUUCCGUAUACAACCACAUCCAGUAAGUUCUAGCUUAUCGGCAGUACAUCAUCUGUAUGUUCUACACAGAGGCGACACUAGUGCAAAAGUUCAAAACAUUACCUUUUCACUGGAUUCGCGAUGGGUGGCGGUUUCUACUUUGCGUGGAACUACUCAUGUCUUCCCAAUCACACCGUACGGCGGUGCAAUGGGUGUACGAACACAUACUUCCUUGCAUGUUGUUAAUAAGCUGUCAAGAUUUCAUCGGUCUGCCGGAUUGUCGGCAGAGGGGCGGUCGAAUUCACCGAUUUCACACUCGGAAAGUACUACUUUUAUGCAAUCUUUGCAACCUUACCAUAAUACGACUCUACCACCAUUCCCGCGUCCAACAGUGGUACUGGCUUUAGCUCAACUUCGACAGCCAUUUGCACUUGGAUCACCGCCUGGUUCUGCCGGGCUUGUUAUGCCCGGUAAAAUCAGUUCAAGUAAUAGCGGUACAUCGAAUGCUUCACACCGUCAAAGACACUCUUCACUGUCAGAUGACAAUGGAAAGCCUCUGAGUGUGUGUGCUAUUUUCGCAAAAUCCCGUUCUUGGUUACUUGAACCACCAAAUGUCACUCGAGAAGCAUCACAUCGCAUUCAACGUAAGGCAGUUGAUUCGCUCUUCGUAAUGGCCGGCCACGGUGCUCUUAUUCAAUACGAUUUGGAUACAAAACUUGCAUCAAAUAUUGCCAAAGAAAAAAUUUGUGAUGACACUCCAAUUGAACUGGAAGUGGAAGCUAAAGCUCAAUGGAACCUUGGAAGGCGAAGGGAUGGAUCUCAUGAACUGAUGCCUCCAUUAUCAAAUGAUAAUUGGCUAAUAAAGGAUCGGUAUUCUAGCUUACUGUUGGAUAGUAUACGGCAGUUUGAUGACAUAGAAGAAAAAAAUGAGAGCUGGGUAUCACAAGUAGAAAUAAUAACACAUGCCGGACCACAUCGUCGUCUUUGGAUGGGACCACAAUGUGUGUUCAAAACUUACAACACGCCCAGCGGGUCUAAUUUGAAUCAUGUUGAUGUCGAGGCCGUAGAAAUUGGAGUAUCCAAGUCAACGUCUGCCGCUGCGGCUAUACGUUCGCAUCCGCUAAGUAUGCCCGUCACUGCUGCAGCGCGCUGUACUCUGCCGGUACUCAUUGAAUCGGGUUCAUAUAGUAGCAUAGAACAAAGCCCAAAGCUUAUGGAUCGUUUCCGUCAUGAGCACUUGGACUCUGAUUUCGCCAUCGCGCAUGGCGAUUCUCGGCUGAAGGAGGACUUGGCUGAUGCUAUGCGCGAAUCACCAUCAGUGUCCGAAGUCUCCAAAAACAUUGGUCGAUUAGCCUCUGAGGUUGCUUCGUCUGAUAGUGUUUCCUUCUAUGAUGCCCGCACAGAUCCCGAUAAUGGUGAUGAUGAUUCCGAUCUCAGCCCGAAAGCGAUGGCUCCAUAUCCUUCCUCUUUCGCCACGACAUCAGAAUCACUGACUACAAAGAGUACUUGGGAUUUAGAUUCUGAUGUCGAUUGCGACCAAAAUAAGACGACGGCUCGCUUAUUUUCAAAUUCAAUUAAGAGACAAUCUGAAAUAUCUAAACCUUCUACAGCUUCAGUAGAGAACGUGGUAAACCCUCUGGGAACUGUAACGACUGUGAUUUCAGGUAUUUCGACUGAGGUGAAAAAAGACAUUCUGGACGAAGUUGUGUCGCAAUUAGCUGCCGAAGAAUGUAUUAUACAUGAGAAUUGUGAUGAGUCUCUAUUUCGUCCUGUGGUGGCUAUAUUCUGCGACGACAAAGAACGCAAAUUAGAAGAGGAGGCAGCCUUUGAGAAUAAAGAAUUUUGUAAGCCACCGGAACUAAUCAAAAAUAAACUUGUCGUUCCAGUUAUAGCAAAGGAGGUAGAUGCCGAAUUAAUCAAAAGAGAAAAAAUUCAGAAGAGUGGAAAAAUAACACAAAAUUUGAAGACACUAAAUGAUCCUUCACGGCAAAAUGAGAAGCCAAUCGCCAACGUAUUAACUAAUGAAAUUGACAAAAAUCAGCAAAAAGAAAAAUGUAGCGUUAAGCAAAUGCAUAAAGAAUCGUCAUCAAGUAGAAGCCAUUUUCCAGAAACUAAAAUCAAGACAACGGAUCACGGUAAGGAUACGAAUAAAUGUUCCACUACGGAAGAUUUAAGCAUUAAAGUAAGAGAUAAUGAAACCAAAAAAAGCUUUAAAAACAUCCCAUCCUUGGAAGAAGAAGCAAUAGAAUUCAAAAGAAUGACCCCUUUACCUGUAAUAAAGAAUCGAAGCCAACCAGCUCUUUCGGAUGUUAAAAUAAGCAAUAAGCCUGAAAUUACAAAAUUGGAUAAAAAAAAUCGUGACGAAUCUAAAAAGUUUGAAAUUGAAAAGAUGAAACAUACAGAAUCCAAUCCUGAGGUUCAUGAAAAUAAAAUCAAUGAGUCACCUCAAAGUUUAACGUUGUCAAAAUCAAUAGAAUCCUCAGAGACGUUAAAUCCACCAGAACUGCACACAAAAUUAAAUACAGUUUGUAAAACAAAACAUUCCGUUAACACUUCUCAGCAAAAGACAAAAAAAGUGUUGGAAAUGGAAAAUAAUGUUAAAAGCAUAGACAAGUCAGACAAUCUUUCAGAUAAUCUCGUUACAAAGAGCGUUUAUUCAAGUGAAGAGACAAAUUUAAAGUCUGAAAAUCAAAUGGAAGAUACAACUACGAACGAGAGCGCUCACAGAAAUGCGAAAACGGAUAUUCAGAAAAAAUGUUCGCUAAGCGACGUGCCGUCGUCUUUAGAUGCGAAACCAGCAGCUAAAGAAAACGAUAAGAAUUUCGAUGGUGAGAGGAUAUAUACUAUUAAAAUCAUUGACACAACCGAAGCAAAGAAGCAAAAUGACCCAGCAAAAAUCAAAGCAGUUGAAAAUAAAACUUUGCAGGACGUAAACAACAAACAGAACAAACACAAAAAAGUUGAUUCAAAAUCAAGUCCUGCUGUUGUUAUAUCGCCCAAAAAAGGAUCAACAAAAGAGCAAAGAGACUCAAAUAAAACUUCAAAUACACAGCCAGAAUUUGGUAAUUUAAGCGACGCUGUAUUGGAAAGUACCAAAGUUGUUAGUAGUAAAUCCAAAAAUAUGAAAUCGAAAUUAGCCUUUGAGAAUACUGUAGUGUCUUGUUCAGCUGAAGCUACACCAAUGAUUUAUAAAUAUUCAAUUGCAAAGGACUCGGUUGAUGGAGUUAAGAAAAGUGAUAACAGAAAGUCCGAACAAGACGUAAAUUAUGAUGCCAUCAAUGAUGAGAAAAAAGAAUUGCCUUCGUUGAAUGCGAAAUCUGAAAGUUUUCCUAGCGCACAGCUCGAUAUGCCUAUGAAUUCGGUAUGGAAAAUUGUAAGUAGUGCCCCUAGAGUACAGCCAAACAUUGAAACUGUUGAUAAUUACCCAAAUUUGGGAGCUAUUGGCAAAAAUAAAAAGGCAGUUAAAAAUAAGGAGAGCAUAACAGAGCACACCGAAAGUAACAGAAAAAGUGAAGAUAAAUGGUCUCCGAGUUUCGAAGGAUUUUCUGCACUGCAACCACUGGAAUCUCUGCCUCCUUUACCAACUUUAGAGCCCUUAGACAUGUCGCCCUAUUCAACUCUAUUAAAAGAAAAAAACACUAAACUGCCUACAAAAGCCAAAGAUAAUUUAGCAGAGCAAUUGAGUUUGAUUAACUUUGAUAGUCCAUUGCAAGAAAAUCCAAGACAUGAUCGAAAAUUGCCACCAGCGCUCACUCAACAAAAUUUAAUUUUCGCUUUAUGCGGAUCGUUGCACUACGAAAAUGAUAAUGUCAGCGAUGAUGAUAAACCACCAACAGAACAUCACAUAACAACAAAUUCGGGGAUUGGAGAGCAGUCAACAGCGGAAUAUAAGUUGCUUAACGAGAACGAGGAACAAUAUUUAAGUUUGGAGCAAAGUUCCCAAGAGACUAAUACAACCAACACAGCCACAACAAAUGAAAAAUGUUCAAGCUCAGCAAAUUCUUCUGCGUCAGAGGAAAUAAUUGUAAUUGAAGAGAAAAAACUAAGCAAGAAGCAGCGUCGGAAGAGGCAACAAGUAGAGUCACGUAAGCAGCAGGAAGAGUCCGUGACUCGCGACGAUGAUGAAGAGUUGCGCCCAUUAAUUGGUAUGACAGAUUCUCAUUUAGAAGCUGUAGCAGCAAGUAAUAGUAAUGUGCCAUCUUCGUCGUUAUCUAGUUUAAACAGUAAAGAUGUUCAAAAGCGAAAUAGUAGUAUCUUAAAACCAAUCAAAGUUGCAAGUGCUUCGCCGCUAGCCCAUUCUACAACUACUACAACGGACAGCGAAGGCCCGAUUCCUGUUACUACUUCUGACGACAAUAUUUUCAUCUUACCAUCGUGUACAGCAGUUACUAACGCACCCAUGAAACAGAAAACAAAGAGACUGGAACAUAAAAUAAAUCUUAUGGCUGCGAUUGAUGCUGCCACAUCAUCCUCAACAUCUUCGGCCGAAGAAAGUAACAUGGAAACGGAGAGCCGCAGAACCGUUUCUGAUCCGGAAAUACCUAUUCCUGGAAUAAGCACGUCGCAGGCUCAAGCAACUGCAACCAACGGCAGUUUAGUUACACCGUUAUGUACAACAAAGAAGAAAACAAAACGCCGUAAAAGAUAAGAAUUAGCCCUCUGCUUGUUUUGUAUCUCUUGUGUAGUGAUUACAUAUUAUUUUUAUAUUGUAUACUACACUGGCAAUAGUAGUAGAGAUAGAGUUUUAGUCACUGGUGGUGCUUAACAGGUAUCAAAAUCGAUAUAACAGGAAAAAGAAAACAAAAAUGCUAAAAACACUUAUUUGGUUCAAUUUUUUUUCAAAGGUUCAAUCACCUUUAUUGUAUAAUUUACGAUUUCAAUCACACAAACGAGCCUGCUUAUAUCGACACAAUGUACAAUAAGCCUAAUAAACAGAAAGAAAAUUUACAUAAUAGCGUAAUUCCAUACAAAAUUUCAUAAAUCCCAAUAAAUCCUGAAAAGAACCAUAAAAAAAUGCACUUAUAAGUUUAUAAAUAUUGGACUAACGGAAAUAUAGAAGUUUUAUAUAAAAAAUUGGAAAAAAAUAAAAAUAUUAAAUUAGAAACAUAAUCGGCAAAUUAAUUUAGAGAGAUCGGAAGCACCAACUAAAAUACUUUGUAAAUUUGUCAAAAAUGUUAAGUAUGAUAAUUGAUAAUUUUGGUUUUAUUAAUAUAGUUUAGUACCGCUUUCUGCGUGUUGCAACGGAAAGUCAUCGACACUUUGUUUAGUUAUUUGAAUCGCGAUAUCCUAAAAAAUAUAAAUGUAUAACUAUCCAGUAUAUUUGUAUGACAAUUUUUUAGUUACUCUACAACAAUUGUGUACCAAUCAAUAAUACAUAUAUAUAUAUACAUAUAUAUGUACAUAUAUAUAUAUAUAUAUAUAGAUGUCCGCUUUAACAUGUUUUGUACUUGUUUUGAUUUCCCUGACAGUUAAUAAAAUGUUCAAGUCGCAAAUAAAGAAUAUAUAAAAAGGAAUAAAAGUUGUAAAUAGGUUAAUCCAAUGUAAUAUUAAACUGACUUUAUUAAAUCACAAAUAUUAUAAAUAAAAAUAAAUUUAAGUUCGUUCUUAUUGAGAACGUUGAACGUCAUCUAAAUUAUGUAGAACCUCUAUCUAGAAUGUAUUUUAAAGCAACUGUGUUGAAAUGCAAAUUGCUUCCUGUCUCAGUGUACAUUGGGCGUACUCUAUUACUUUCCGCUAAGGGAUAUAAGGCGAUAUCGGCUGCAACUUAAAUUGAUCAUCAUAAAGUCUUUAACAGCGGGAAUUGGCGAUUACUUAGAGAAAACGUAUUUAGAAAUAGCUUACGGUUUUUCUCGACUUAAAAUACGCUGAACAUUUCCGAGUAAAGUCGUAAUGCUUGGCCUGGUCUAUAUUCCUUCUAUUUGGGAUAGCGCAACUGCUUCGAUUAAAUAAUAACCUUGAAUUUUGGGAGUUUUUCGAGCUAUAGCAAAUUGUGACCUUGUAAUAUUUUGUUCAAUAUUUUAUUAUAGUUUGGUCACAACAGGUCACAACUGGCUUGAAAACGGCUUUAUAUAUGCAUAGAUGUGAUUAUCUAAAUUAUUUCGUAUGCUUGCAUAUGGAACGACUCAUUAAGCACAAGCAUCUACAUAACACAUGGGCUGAAAAGUGCCGGGCCUAACAAAGAAAACACACAACUUCAAAGUUAGCUUUAUUCAUCAACGUAAUUUCCAUCAAGAAGAACGCAAUCAUUCCAGCGCCCCUCUAACAUUUCAACACCACUUUUGUAGAACGAUUUAUCUUUUGCCUCAAAAUUGGCCUCAGUUUCAGCGAUCUCUUUAUUCGAGCGAAAUAUCUUACCGGCGAGCAUUUUUUUAAGUUUGCGAACAACCAGUCGUCGCUUGGAGCCAAAUCUGGCGAACUAGUGCCUGU